AUGGCGCGCACCAAGACACGAUCCGCGGAGCGCAUUGCAGAACGCGCGGAGUCUCGCCGCGUAUACAGGCGACGGCAGCCAGACGGAACGGAGAACGGGUCUUGGCAGGCAGGGAACAACGAGGACAGCUUGUUUGUGAGGACCGAGAAGUCCGCGAGCCGCCCACCAACGACACCCACACCAAGACCGCGAGUUAUCCGAACAACGACCCCCGUACCAAGGUCGCGCCAACCAAAAGACACCCGCACCCUCCAGCCCGCAAGCCCGCCAGCCACGCGCCCUGCCCUCGUUCUGGAUGACCCAGUUUUCAAGAAAAAGGAGGACCGGGAGCGUGAAGGCCAGCUAUACUGCGACUUGAAUCCCCACUCCAUCUACACCGCCUGCACGAACAACAUUCAACUUAUAAGCGGCCACCUCGUCUUCGCGCCGCGGAUCGGUGUCGAGCGCACCCGAGUCGUCGGGAGCACGCUACUGGUCUCGAUCGGAGUGAGCGCCAUGGAGCUCGACGAGAAGGCACAUCCGCAAGUGCAGGACAACUCUGGAUCGGCCGGAGACGAGAGUUCCGGAGUUGAGGGUGUUGAGGGUGUUGAAGAUGUCGAGGGUAUUGAGGGCGCUGCAUGUUUCGAGGAUGUCGAGGACGUGGCUCGCGCCACCGGCUCAGUCGGAAACGAGCCACGUUGA